CCAACAGUUGAGGAGGCGUAGCUAGCCACGGCUAGCACUUGUUAAAGCUUGGAGACAGCUCAGAAGAAUCACACAAUAAUGAAUGUGUCUUCAUGAUGAGUGACCUUGAACCCUGCACAUGCUGAAACCAAGGAAUGGAAUAGAUACAACUCUGCAUUAACAGAGCGUGAAGCAAAAGCUGCUCCUGACCUCAUCUAGCACGACAUAGGCCUGUUUGUCUGGAAACAACUCAGGCUUUGAGCCAGUACCAGAGAUGCCCGUAAGAAGGCAUCCCUACAGGCUGCAGCCUAGCUACGCCAACUGAAAGCAUCAGACAAGUGCGUCUCUUGUUUAGAGGAUGUGCUGCUGAUUGGACACAACGUUUCAUUCCUCUUCCACCUCUCCAAAACGUUAUUAACGUUGAGUGUGUGCCAGUGUGUACAGUGAAUAAUGGUGACAAAAAAUGGUGCUUGAAUGUAGCAUCCUGGUGCAGGGUGUGCUAAAAGGGGUGAGGCUCUCUCAGAAAAGUAUAACAGCUGACUGAUAGUCUGCUGCUGAUAAUGGAUGCUAAGUUAAAAGAGGACCUGUUUCGGAGGUAUGUGACGGCACUGGAGAGGCGUCUGGAGGAGGGAGGGGAAUACACAGGGUUUGGAACUGCACCAGAGGGGGACAGAAGCAGAUAUAAGGACAGUGAGGCCCUACUCUCCACAGCCACAGCUCUGCUUGGGGCAUACCAGCCAGAUCCGGCACAGCGUUUCCGUAUGGUGCGUUUCUAUGAGGUGGUGGAGAACUCGCUCCGCUGCCAGAGAGGGGGCAACCUGAAAAGUCUGGAGAGAGCCUUCCACACCCUGGAAACCAUCUGCACCAACCUCUUGCUCUUUCCUUGGAAGAAGGAGUUCAGAUGUAUAAAGACCUUCACUGGCCCAUACGUGUACCAUCUGCAGUCUGCCAUUUCUGAUUCUGAACUCCGAGCUCUAAUGCGCACCAUUGGCUACGCCUGUGACCAUGAUUCGCAGUUCCAUUUGCAGGAGCACCCAGGAGGCGCAAAUCAUCUCCGCCAGUUGGCGUUUGAGCUCUUCCUGGCCCAGGCAGAGUGUCGUCUUCUGGGAGAGGUAGUGGCUCUGGCCCGUGGUUCAGCCUCAGAGCUGGAGGCCCUGGAACUCCGCAGAGGUUGCAGAGAUGAUGCAGCUGGCUGUGCUGAGGCGCUUCGCAGACGUGACAGCCUUGGGGCAGAUAUGGCUCGGCUGUCUGUGCGGCCGUUGGAUAUAGAGAGGCCUCAUGCCCACCACCUGAGGCGAGGCAGCCGACCAUCAAAGUCUGUGGAUGUUACAGAUGGGGCUGGUCACUGGCACGCAGCUGUUAGCAAGCCUGUCUUGAAGGCCUCAUUGAGUCUGAGGAAGGAGCCUCUGUUUGUGGAUGCAGAGGAGGAUAUGAAGGAUGAGAUCAUCAGGCCCAGCACCUCAGCAUCUCUCUUCUCAGUGGUAGCUCCACCUUCCUAUAGCCCUGUUGCGGAUUUCUUCCCAAUUCAGUCACCUCCCCCGGCUGAUGCUUACACGUCCUACCACCUGUCCUCCUUGGAUGAGAUUGACUUGUACACUGAGAGGGGUGGUGCUGGGACGGGAGGAAGGCAGACUCCAUCUCGACCUCCAUCCAGAGAGCCUCGGGAGGCAAGGGAUGCGUGGCUGCUCAAAGCUCACGGGAGUGUGAAGUGUCAGGGUUGUGGGCUUGGCUGCUCAACUAUGGCUUCCUGCCAGAGGUGUGACAUGAUCCUAUGUUCUGCCUGUCAUGAUGUAGACCCCUCCCCUUGCUGUGGCCUCCAGGACUACCACCCCAAAUCCCCGCGACCCCUUGAUGGAUACAUCCCUGUCAAGGAAAAGCUCUCUGUCUACUCUAAUACUCACUCCCACUCCCAUCUCCACCCGCACCCCCUCACACUGACUCACUCGCACUCUCACCCGCAUCCUCACCCCCAGAUGGUGGAAAAACCCCUUAUGUCCACUAAGCUGUUUCAAAGCAAGUCUGUUGCCUUGACAACGCCAAAGGGAGGCAGCAGUGAGCGAAUAAGCAUGGGGGGAUCGCGGUGCGGGUUUUGCAACAAGCCAGGUGCAUCACACACCUGUGUGAACUGCUCGAAGGUGUCAUGUGACUCGUGCAUGGGCUUGUAUGCAAAGGAUAUGUGCACGCGAAAGAAUCCCCAGCACAGCUUUGUGCCCAACCAUCAGCUCAACUUCAAAUCUGGCACCAUAUCUCACCUGGUGUACCGAUGAAUCAGGCAGAUUUUUUUCUUCUCCCUUCUAGUCCUCUCCCUUAACCCGCAGCGUAGUCUUGCACUAUUGCUUCAGCGCAGUUCCUACUUAAACAAGUAAUUCACUAUCUUCCCCUUUAUCUGAUGGUCUUAUCGCUCUCAAUAACAAUCUCUUGAACUUUGUACAUUUUCUCUUACCGUCAGUAGGGCCCUGGAAUGCACAUGCCACAGAGAGCCAUAUCAUGUGCCCAUCUCUCUGCCUUGUACAAGUUCAGGCCUUUUAUCUAUUUCUUCUUCCUUUUACCUUGCUACCUGCUCUUGAGUAGUCAUGUGAUGUUGUAGCGCUUCCCAAGUUCCUCAAAUUUUGUCCUCCUCAAAAGGGAAACUGGAGAAAAGAGAGUUUAUUCCUUCUCAUCUUGAAUGAAUUCCGUCCAAAUGAACAUAUAUACUUUGCCUAACUUCUCAGCUAAAAAUUCCUCUAAUAUAUAAAUAUAUAUAUAUACAUAUAUAUAUACAGUAUAUAUAUAUAUGUGUGUGUGUGUGUGCGUGAGUGCGUG